AUGACCGCCAGCGCGACCAACGCCCCGGCAACAGCUAUUCCGACGAGGGUUUUGGCCACGGAAUUGUCGUUGGAGUGGGCUGAUGGUGUGGUCGAUGGUGAGGCAGUUGAGUUUUUGGUAGAAGAUGUGGAGGACGGCCGCAAACUACUAUAUGCUGGAGGAGGAGGGGUGUUUAUUUGGGUAGGUGUCGCAGGAGGAGGAGCGGCGGUGGUUGAAGGUGCAGGGGUGGAAGUGGAUGGAGGAGAUAGAGCAGAGCCUGGUGGAGUUGUCUGCGUGGGUGGGGAAGGGGGUGAUGGAGUAGAGAUUGGUGUAGGAGGAGCUGUCACGACGACAGGGGCGUCUGGCGGCGGAGGGGGGAAUUUGGAAUCCGAUGCCGGGGUAGGUGGAGGCGAUGAUGCUGGCAGAGGAGGCGGAGGAGGGGAUGCUGAGUCAUAA